AUGCUCAGACAGACACUUGUCGUCUUGGCCCUCGUCGCCUGCGUGUUGGGUUCGAGGCUGCCAGUGCGUCGUCUGCCCUACACUGGAACAUCUUGGCGCUUCUCUGUCUCCAGGGGACGCAUCUACGGGGGACACGACGCCACCAGAGGUCAGUUCCCUUAUCAGGUGUCACUGCAACUCGUGGUGCUGGGUAUGCGGUUCCACAACUGUGGCGGCUCCAUCAUCUCUAACAGUGCCAUCCUCACUGCAGGACACUGCUUUGACGAUAUUGGAUACUACUUCGCCGUGGCUGGAGACCACGACUUGAGCAGUGUCGAGGGCAGCGAGCAGGAGAUCCGCGUCUCGGAGCAGAUUGUACAUCCCGACUAUCCUGGGGGCGUCGCCGUAGCUGCCGGCGACAUUGCAGUAUUCACACUGGAGUCUCCACUGACUCUGAAUGAUUACGUCCAGGUCAUCACCUUGCCCAGUGCUGGUUCAAUUCCUGCAGGAGGAUCUGUCGCGGUCCUUUCUGGAUGGGGUGAAACUGAGACAGCUACCACACCUAACAUUCUACAGACUGUCGACGUCAGCGUCAUUGACUACGAAACAUGCAAACAAAACUUAGAUGACCUGAAUAUGGAUGAUAAUCCGCUUACAGACACUAUGGUCUGUACAGGACCGCUCUAUGAUGGCAUCUCCGUUUGCAGUGGUGACUCCGGCGGCCCCCUGGCGCAGAACGGCGAACUGAUCGGUGUGGUGUCCUGGGGAGUGGACCCGUGUGGAUACCCAGGCGCUCCGUCCGUCUACACCAGGGUAUCCGCUCACCUGGACUUCAUCAACCAAAAUAUCUGA